AAUCUUUAAUUAUGACAAUUUUUGCUCUAUACACGCUUGAUAAUUAUAUCUGACUUCAUAAAGCUCUACAUAGAGCGAUAAAUUGUCACAGCAGAAGCUUGCUCUGUCCCUGUGUCUUUUCCUCAUUAGCCAAACAGUGAAACCAAGACAGUGGUAGAACGAAAUCAGCAAUACACAGGUCAGUCGUACCCUCAGCUCAGCCAUACAUCCAGGUCAGCGCCUCGUGGCUCAUCUGGGCGAUAAAGUCCUCUCGGGUCAGCCCACAAAGAAUAGAGAAAUUGCACAGAGGGAGCGGCGCGUGAUUGGACUUUAUUUCCAAAUGAGUUGCCGAGACGCGGGGGUUCCAAUCACCGCUGUUCUAACCUGUGGAAUUUCUCUUUGCAGGAUGUGGCGCUUGACGGCGACGCUGCUGGUGGUGACCCUGGCCUCGGCUACUCCUCAGGGAGGUUAUUUACCUCCUCCACCAGCUGUAGUCUGUGAAACGGUCACUUCUGUAGUUUAUGACACUCGAGUCCAGACCUCCGUCAGUGUCCAGACCGUAAAUCAGGCCAACACACAGUACGUCACCACCACCUUGGUCAGACAACAGGUCGUACCAACAACUGUCUUCCAGACUCGCGUCCAAACUCAGGUCCAGUACCAGACCAGUGUGAUCCAGCGUACGACCACCCUUUUUAAUGACAGAAUUGUGACCCAAACAAUCCCAAGCCCACCUCGUCAAGAAAUUGUUUACGUUACGUCAACUCGCGUUGUGCCACAGGUCAGUUACGUCACUAGCACACAGGUGCAAACACAGGUAAUACCUGUGGAGGUGGUUCGCACUCAGGUGCAGACCAUAAAUCAGCCCGUGACCAUCUACCAGACACAAACACAGCAGCAGACCCAAGUGGAGUCAGUCCCAGGCCCUGACAUAGUACAGACCCGUGUUCAGACCGUCUUUCAAACUUCCAUUGUGAGGCGUCAACAGCUAGCCAACACACGUUAUGUGACGUUAACGCGUGUACAACAAGUAGUGCAGACCAGCGUCGUUCGUGGACAAGAUGAUAUCAGGACCAGUUUUGUUCAACAUCAACAGGUCAUCCCUUAUACUUCCGUCAACACCCGUUAUGAAACAGCUUUCACUACUCUUGAGCAGGUGGUGACCAGGACCAGUGUUGUCACUCAGACAUUGAUCAGCACGCAGGUAGUUCCUCAGGAAGUCGUAAGUACACAGGUCGUACCCAACAUCAUCUACACCACCAUCUACGAGACCAGAUUUCAGCCCUUCACUCAGGUACAGACCGUGGUCCAGACCCAGUACGUCACUCCCGCUCCUGUGUACCAGACACGUGAAGAAACCAGAACCUCAGUGGUGCAAGUGCCUGGCCCGGACCGUGUGGUGACCCAACAGGUGGCUAAGACCCAGCAACAACAACAGGUGGUCUAUCAGACCAUCAACCAGCCCCAGCAGGUCACCAUCACACAGACCAUCACAGCCACCUGUGGCAAGACAGGAUACAACUACAACGCUCCAGCAUCUCCCUUUAACUUUGGCAAAUAA